GUUUAACUAAAAUUUUUUAUUAUUGAAGAGGGUGAGUACCAAACGGGAAAGACAAUCAACCAGGUAGGACUAAAAUACUGAUUGUAGGUCAGUUACUCUGGAAGUAUGUCUCGUUUAUGCCACUUAUGGGUCUUCCGCCAUGGCAGAACUACAGUAUUUAUUAGUCUAAUUUUUUGACAUUGUUGUGUUCAGCACCUCGCUACUCCUGACAAGCCAGGAGAGAAUAUAUCUAGCUGUAGUCCUUAUGUUUUCUGAGUGAUCUGCAUUUACGGUAUAUGUUCGUGCAAGCUGGCCCAUCAAAAACCAAAAAGAAUUGCAGUCAUAGUCGGGAAACUAGCUGUGGCAAUCCGGAGGUAUUCAGUAGAAAAUCUUGUGACAAUAUGCAAACACGAGGGAGGGGUCAGUUUAAGGAUGUCUUGACCUACUUCUUCAUUUACCGGAAUGGGGAGGUGCCUAUAGAGUGCACUGUCCGCAUGGUUUGUAAAGAUUUCCGGUGCGUGUGUGCGUUUGUAUGUGUGUGUUGGACGAGAGAAAGAGAGCUUACUUUUGAACCAGGAGUCCCCAGCAUCUGUAGUCCCUGGAGGGCUACAAGGUGUGCUGUUUUCCACAAUCCAGUUUAGAUUUACAAAACCAGAAGGGAGGGCAGCAUGAUGUCAGUGGGGCAAAGCCUCUUUAUGGCCUUGUAUCUCUGGGACUUGGUUACAGGCGUUGCUCCUUGGACAGUAGGCCCCUGUGACCUUGUCACCACAAAGGCAUACUUCAACUGUAGUGGGAGAAAGCUGACAGAGGUUCCUGGGGAGGUGUGGGCUAAUGUGACCAUGCUCGAUCUAUCCCAGAACUCCCUGAACCUCACCCGUCCCGCGACCCUUCAGGCCCUGAGGAGGCUCGAAGGCCUGGUCCUAUUGAACCUGUCAGGAAACUACCUCCCCCUGCUGGACAGUGACACGCUGGCGGGCUUGCGGGACCUCAAUGUCCUGGACCUCAGCUCGACCCAGCUAGCGGAGAUCAAGCCUGGCGCAUUCCAGGCCUUGCCAAAGCUGCACACGCUCUUACUUGGGAACAACAGGCUGCGGGACCCUUUACCUGCUGCCCUUGGAGACCUGUCAGCCCUGUCCUUCCUUGAUCUCCAUGGCAAUGACCAAUUGAAGGCUCCUCCCCCGGCUUGGCUUAAGGGUAUACAGCAGAUAAUUAGGCCCAGAGCUUGGCAUGGCUUGGAUCUGGGGGACAUGCCUAGAGGUGCAUCAAACUUUCACAGAAAACUGCUGGUAGAGGAUGAAGUUAAAAACAAAAGCUUGAAAGCAGAAGCCCCCAGCGGGGACGCCCCCACUCCGACGCACACCUGGCUGUACCUGAUGGCCGCCCUGGUGACAGCCCUCUCCGUCGCCUCCCUGAUCCUCCUGGCGGUCAAGUGCAAGCUGUUCCGUCGCUACCUGGCCAGCUACCGCCACGCCCUGCUGUACGAGGGUGACGUCGCCAGCCAGUGCAGCCGGGCGGGGCUGGGGGUGGGGCUCCCGGGGUAUGACCGCCACGGCGACGGCCAACCCCGCCCAGGGCUGGAGGAGGACGACGAUGACGGCUUCAUCGAGGACAACUACAUCCAGGCCAGCGAGAGGGAGAGGGCGGAGAAGGAGGCUGAAGAGGGGGAGGGGGGAGAGGAGACCGAAGACGACGACCUCCAGUUUACCAUUGGUUAGCGGUACUGGGGGUCUGACCAUUUACCAUUGGAUAGCAGUACUGGAGGUCUGAGGCAGUGGGAUGUCAAUAUGGCUCCACUUUUUUCUUGUCUUAGACCAAUUAUUUGUUUACAAUGACUUUUUUAUGAAUCAUAGUGUGCACAGUUUAACACUGAUUGACUCAUUGCUGUAAAUAAUUGAACAUCCAGACCACUGACACAGUGUUGUUCCUGGUGGAAAGCUGACCAGAAAAUACACAGGGUCAGUCUGGUGUCAGAUGUGCCCGUUUCACACAUUUUAAUCUUUUGAAAGACACUCCCUAUUGAAAAGUUUGCAAUCAAUAGCAAAUAAGUUGUCUAUCUGUAAACGAUCUGUUUUCUAUGUAUUUAUCACACUUUAUAUUUUUUCACUAAACGGAUUAAAGUAUAUGCUCUUUUAUUGUUGUACAAUGAUGAUACUAAUUUGUUCACAGCAGGCAUUUAGAUUUAGAAUGCUUGCCACAGUUAAUAAAGACUCCAAUUAUAUCAA